AUGGCCCAAUGCCUGUGCACUCCACUCCUUCUGCUGGCUGCCCUGGCCCUGACCCUGGCCCAGGUAGUGAGUUCUCAGAGAAACUCUAGAGUGGGCGCCCCAUGGGAUGCGGAUGUCAAUGACGAGGAUGUGCAGAAGGCUCUAACGUUUGCCCUCAGUGAGUACAACAAGGCAAGCAAUGACGAAAACCACAGCCGUGUACUGCGGGUGGAGGGUGCCCGGAAGCAGGUUGUGGCUGGAAUGAACUAUUUCCUGAAUGUGGAGAUUGGCCGAACCAAAUGUACCAAGUCUGAGCCCAACUUGGAGAGCUGUCCCUUCUAUGAGCAGCCAGACUUGCUGAGGAAAAAGCUCUGCUUCUUCCAGAUACACACUAUCCCCUGGGUGCAAGAGAAGUCUGUGGUGAAGUCCCACUGCCAUGAUGCAUAG